AGAGUAUCUGCCAAACGGAACAAGCGGCCUCGCCUCUCCAUAAAACUGCUCUUUGGCUUUAUUCUCCUGAUAUGUCUAAGCUUACUAUUGAGUAUAGUGACUUUGCCUAUGCGAGGUAGCAAGAAAAAUCUCCCCUUGUCUUCACCGCCGUUGCCCCAAACAUGGUCUCAUCCGAAAACUCCGCCCCGCGCCAACCCCAUUGACGCUUUUAAAAGUAACAAUUCUACGCCGGUGACGAUAGCAUACGCCAUUUCUGUUACAGGCUGUGGUUCGGAUCCCAUCACGGAAGGCGGAGCGGUACUGAAACACUCGAUUCACCUCAACAGUAUACACGGAGCGGGACGCUACAAUUAUGCACUCUUUGCGAUUUACCAUCCAUCCGCUGUAUCCUGUGCACUGCCAUUAAAAGCUCUUGGAUACGAAUUACUAGAACGCGAAGUUUUUGUAAACGUUGCUGAUAUCAAGGGGGACUUUCUGCGCAACAAAAUUGAACAAAACGGUUGUUGCGGGGAAAAGGAACUCAUCAAAUUGGAAGCGUAUACUCUCACAGAUUAUCCAAUUGCUGUACAUUUAGAUUUGGACGUGCUUAUGCUUAAGCCCAUGGAUGUAGUCUUUGACGCCAUGCUGCAGGAUGGCGUAAGCCAAUCCACUUUCCAAACACAUUCCGUCAUGUGGCCGGACGAUCCCCUCCCCACUAGUAUCAACGCGUUCUUCACGCUGGACUACAACAUGGUCGGACCCAAAAAACAGUACAAACCCGUACAGGGUGGAUUUCUCGUAAUGCGACCGGAUCUCAAUGUCUACGAAGAAUUUCGUGCCAUUGUACUGGAAGGCGACUUUCGCGAUGGUCAGGGAUGGGGUGGUAAGGUUGGACCGUUUCAUGGCUCGAUGACCUUUCAAGGAAUCAUAUCGUACUAUUACAACGUCUUACACCCAGGUCAGGCCAUUGAACUGAAUCGGUGCGUGUACAACCAAAUGUGUGAUAAUCCACGGACGGGGAAAACCGUGAAUGAUGUCGUCCAAGGCGAAUGUCGGACCAACACAGAAACUUGCGAGGACUGCCGCGAACGCAACCUCGAAGACAUUGUCACCACGCACUAUACUUUGUGCCAAAAACCGUGGUGGUGUUUGUCCCACGAGAAUGAUUCAUUACAGCACCGACUGUGUCGGAAACUGGUGCACGAAUGGUACAAGGUCCGAUCCGAUUUGGAGCAAUCCUGGGGACGGUCCGGUCGAGGUCCUGGUACACAUGAAACGGACUUCUUCUACGGCUACUGCAAUAAGAUGGGCAAAGGGGGGUACAUUCCCAUUGAAGCCCCGUAUGGUACGGGGUCUGUAAGAUAG